AUGAUGCAAGGUGACACAGGAGGAGUCUUAGAGUACUUACAAAGGAUGCAAUUAGAGGACCCAAAUUUUUAUUAUGCCAUUCAAGUAGAUGAAGAUGACUUGAUAACUAACACAUUUUGGGCUGAUGCAAAGAUGAGAACGGAUUUUGCUCAUUUUGGUGAUGUGGUAUGUUUCGAUACAACUUAUAGAAAACACAAAGAUGGGAGGCCAAUUGCAUUAUUCGUUGGUGUAAAUCAUCAUAAACAAACUAUAGUUUUUGGAGGUGCUUUAUUAUAUGAUGAGACAAUUGGAACAUUUGAAUGGCUGUUUGACACAUUUGCUAAGGCCAUGAUGGGAAAAAUACCAAAAACUAUUCUUACAGACCAAGACGGAAGAAUGGCAACGGCUUUGGCUUCUCAAUGGCCAACAACGUAUCACCGCUUAUGUAUAUGGCAUAUCUAUCAAAAUGCAACAACUCAUCUAGCUAAUGUCUUCAAAGAUUUUCAAAAUUUUGCUGCUAAUUUUAGUCACUGCAUAUAUGACUAUGAAAAUGAGAAUGAUUUUUUAGAGGGAUGGAGUGAAAUGUUAAAAAUGUAUGGUCUGGAAGACAACAAGUGGUUGAAGAAAAUGUUUGAUAUAAAGGAGAAAUGGGCUUUAGUGUAUGGGAGAGAAACAUUCUGUGCCGAUAUGACCACGACCCAACGAAGUGAAUCCAUGAACAGUGUUAUAAAGAAGUAUGUAAGUUAUAAACAUGACUUACUUGAAUUUUUUGAACACUUCCAAAGGCUGUUAGAUGAUCGUCGCUAUGAUGAAUCCGUAGCAGAUUUUAGAGGCAAUCAAAGUACACCGGCAGUGACAUUCCCUUGUAAGAUUUUACAGCAUGCGGCGAGUAUAUAUACACAUGAAGUUUAUGAAAAAUUUAAGGACGAGUUAUGCAAAGGAAUUGAUUGUAAAUGGGAAGUAGAUGGUGAAUUAGGAAAUCAAGUGAUUUAUCGAGUUACACCAUAUGGUAAGACUUCCCAUCACCUCGUAACUUAUGAUUCGUCCAAGAAUUCAAUUUCAUGUAGUUGUAAGAAAUUUGAAUUUGCUGGAUUUUUGUGUUCACAUGCACUAAAAAUAUUGAUGACUCUGAAUAUUGUAACAAUUCCUGAUGCAUAUAUAUUGAAGAGAUGGACUAAAGCAGCUAAAAUAGGAAAUGUAUGUGUUUCCAGUGAAAGUAGCCAGGAAAUGGAGUCAAAGGCAAAAUUGAGUUUUCAUUACAAAGAGUUAUCCUAUCUAUAUAUGCAGCUGAUGACAAAAGCUUCUGAAUGUGAUGAAGCUUAUAAAAUUGCUAAAGAUGGAUUUUGGAAAAUGUUAGAGCAAAUGGAUGCAUGUUGUCAAGGGAAAAAGAAAAUGAAAGAAGUGUGUAUUGAAGAAAGGGAAAGUGUGUAUCAAGAUGUUGAUACUAAUCCAUCCGAAAUCGACUGUAGUAAAAUAAAAGGCAUCAAAGUGAAAGAAAUAGUCACUUACAAGUCAAGCAAGAGACCAAAAGUGCACUAG